UCUGAUUGGUUCUCAGCCGCGCUGGUGCAGCAGGAGGAAGCGCCGUUUCCGGUAAUGAGCGACUGACUGCUGACAAACCCCGACGACAAACCCGCUGCUUUCGGCAUCUACCGGCGUGAAAUUGUCCGCUCUCAUCCGGGCGGGACGUCAGACGGGUUCCAGCCAAGCGUUCGGCUGGAGAGAGGCGUGAAGCUGCAGCAGAGCCGCGGGGUUUGAGCCUCCCAGCGCCGGUAUGGCCCGCGACUACGAUCACCUCUUCAAGCUGCUGAUCAUCGGUGACAGCGGUGUUGGAAAGAGCAGUCUUCUCCUGCGUUUUGCAGACAACACUUUUUCAGGUAGUUACAUCACCACUAUAGGAGUGGACUUCAAGAUCCGGACGGUGGAGAUUAAUGGAGAGAAGGUGAAGCUGCAGAUAUGGGACACAGCCGGACAAGAGCGAUUCAGAACCAUCACGUCUACGUAUUACAGAGGAACCCAUGGGGUCAUAGUAGUGUAUGACGUCAGCAGUGCUGAAUCCUUUGUUAAUGUCAAGCGUUGGCUGCAUGAAAUAAACCAGAACUGCGAUGACGUCUGUCGAAUAUUAGUGGGAAAUAAAAAUGAUGAUCCAAACUCUAAGGUUGUGGAGACGAAUGACGCACAGAAGUUUGCUGAGCAGAUGGGCAUCAGCCUGUUUGAGACAAGCGCAAAAGAGAACAUCAACGUGGAGGAGAUGUUUAACUGCAUCACAGAGCUGGUGCUCCGGGCAAAGAAAGAGUCUGUGGCCAAACAGCAGCAACAGCAGCAAAACGAUGUGAUUAAACUCGGCAAAAAUAGCAAACGGAAAAAAAAAUGCUGCUAGUGGAUGAACAGGUGUUCCUCUGCACGGCGAUCUGCACAUGCAGAUGGACUGUGAUCAUCUCACUUAAGAUUUCACAAAAAACACAAUGUGUACAGAUGCAGGCCUUUUUGGACCGAGACAAACCACAGUGACUUUUUAAAAGAAAAUGUACAGAUUUUAUCAGAGUCAAGGAUUUUUAUUUGGAAUUCGUGAUAUUUAAUAAAAGAUCUUCCUUCUUUAUUGAAGGACCAGCAAGCUGA